GCUGCAGCCCCGACGCACGAACCUACUUUCAUGGAAGAGUCGGGGGGUGUUACCACUUGUUCCUCUUGAUCCAAAACGCGCCAAAUACUCGCGUCCUGCGCUUGACAAGGAGAUCAUCUAAACAUGGCACGGAUUUCGUGGCUGUUUGCGAGCUGUUGGUUACUUUUCCUCUCCUCCUCCGCCGCGGAAGAGAAACGCAGCAGGGAGAGAGUUUACUACGUGGGGAUCAUUGAGGACUUCUGGGAUUACGCACCAAGUGGAAAAAACCUGCUUAACGGCAAAGACGUCGAAAACGAUGAGCAUGCAUCUGUAUUCCUGGAGAGAGGGCCCCACCGUGUUGGCAGUCGUUACAAGAAGGCGAUGUUCCGGCAGUAUACAGAUGCUACCUACAGUCGCCUGGCUCCUCGACCUGAUUGGCUGGGUUUUCUGGGACCCAUACUGCGAGCUGAGGUUGACGACGUUAUCGUGGUCCAUCUGAAGAACUUUGCGACGAGGAACUACUCGAUGCAUCCCCAUGGGGUUUUCUACGAGAAGAAUGCAGAGGGCGCACUCUAUCCAGAUGGGACAUCAAAGAGUUUGAAGAUGGAUGACUCUGUUCCUCCUAGAGGAAGCUACACCUACCGCUGGGAGGUCAAACCAGAAUUUGCCCCCACAGAUGAUGAUGCCAACUGCCUGACCUGGGUCUACCACUCUCAUUUGGACGCCCCCAAGGACAUCGCCUCAGGACUUAUUGGAGCCCUGCUCACAUGCAAGAAAGGAAUCUUGAAGGAGACUAAUGAACUAGUUUCAUCAAAGCCAGAGUCUGUUGUCGAGUCAGCCCGCAACGAUGUGGACCAGGAUGUCUUCUUGAUGUUCAAUGUGGUGGAUGAAAACCUGAGUUGGUACCUGAAGGACAACAUUCAGAACUGCUCUGAUCCAGCUGGAAUCGACAUAGAAGACCCAGACUUUGAAGAGUCAAACCUGAUGCAUGCUAUUAAUGGGUACAUGUUUGGUAAUCUGCCCGGGAUCAAGUUAUGCCAAAACCGUCCGGUAGCCUGGCAUUUGUUUGGCAUGGGUAACGAGGUAGACAUUCAUACUGCCUUUUUCCAUGGGAAUACUCUGCUGGACCGGGGCCACCGCACUGACACCCUCAGCCUGUUCCCAGCCACGUUUGCGACAGCUGAGAUGAUCCCAAAAGCAAGAGGGAAGUGGCUGCUGACCUGCCAGGUUAAUGACCACUUACAGGCUGGGAUGCAGGCCUUUUAUGAAGUGAAGUCAUGUGACGGUGAGGUCGGCUCCACAGCAAGCGGCGGUGUUGUGAGGAAUUACUACCUGGCAGCAGAGAAGGUCGUGUGGAGCUAUGCUCCCUCAGAAAAGGAUUUGAUUAAUAAUGUACCCCUGACUGAGGCUGACAGUGCAUCAGAGAUGUUUUUUGGAAGGGAUGGUGGAAGGAUUGGAGGUCGCUACCUGAAAGUGAUAUACAAAGAGUACACAGACAAUACCUUCACCACUCUAAAAUCACCUGAUCCUGGACAUCUAGGAAUCCUGGGUCCAGUUCUGAGGGCAGAGGAGGGAGACACUCUCAGGGUUACGUUCAUGAAUAAGGCUGAUAGACACUACAGCAUCCAGCCUCACGGCCUUCACUAUGACAAGCGCUUCGAGGGAAGCAGCUAUGAGGAUGGUGUUAACAAGCCAGGCUCCCACGUCGGUCCAGGUGAGAACUUCACCUACACCUGGCAGGUGCUGGAAGGCCCGUCUUCAUCCGACUCUCCCUGUAUUCCCUACCUGUACUACUCUGGCGCCGAUCCUGCCAGGGACACUAACUCUGGAUUGGUUGGACCUCUGCUCGUGUGCAAGAAAGGAGUGCUGGGAGCAAGAGGAACAGAGAAGGGUGUGGAUAAGGAGUUCUUCCUCCUAUUUUCUGUCAUGGAUGAAAACAUGAGCUGGUAUUUGGACGAGAAUAUUGACAAGUUUGGCAGCAAUCAGACAAAUCCAGAAGACGAGGACUUUGAGGAGAGCAAUAUGAUGCAUGCUGUAAACGGACUCAUGUAUGGGAACCUUCUCGGACUGGAGAUGUGUGCCGGGGACAGAGUUAGGUGGUACACUUUUGGACUAGGUACAGAGGUGGACAUCCAUGGUGUUUAUUUCGAGGGGAACACCUUCAAGAAACAGAGCACAACACGUGACACCGUCAACAUGUUUCCUCACACCACUGCCAACGUCGCCAUGCAGCCAAACACUCCCGGUUUGUUUGAGGUGAGCUGCAGAGUAACAGACCACUACUCGGCUGGCAUGAGGCAGCGUUACAAAGUGAACCAGUGCCCAGGGAAAAAAGUGAAGCACACAGACACAGAGCCAACCAACAUUGUACAAUAUUUUAUCUGUGCUGAGGAAAUAGAGUGGGACUACUCACCUGAGAGAGACUGGGAGCUGGAGAAACACCACGGCACAUUAAAGGACAGUCCAGGCAACAUGUUUGUGAAACAAGAGAAGGACAGAAUUGGCUCGCGUUAUAAGAAGGUGGUGUACAGAGAAUACACUGAUGACACCUUCACAGUUCAGAAGAAACGGCACCCAAACCAGCAACACCUGGGAAUUAUGGGUCCAAUAAUAAAGGCAGAGGUAGGAGAGCAGAUCGUGAUCACGUUUAAGAACAGCGCCAGCCGACCAUACUCGAUUGGCGCACAUGGAGUUAAGGCCAGUGGCGCACACAUUCCUGUCGAACCUGGCAUAAUUUUGGAGGUGAACUGGGAUGUUCCUCAAAGCUCUGGUCCAGGGAUCACAGAUCCUAACUGCAUCUCUUAUGCCUACUACUCCAGUGUUGAUUUCAUUAAGGAUCUGUACAGUGGUCUUCUGGGGCCUCUGGUGGUAUGCAGGCCCGGGACUCUGAAGCGCGGCGAGGGAGCCGACAGACAGAGGAGUGACGUGGAGAAGGAGUUUGCUCUGCUCUUUAUGGUGCAUGAUGAAAACCAGUCCUGGUACUUGAAGGACAACAUUAGAAAAUACCUCGGUGUCGACCCGGAAACCUACACAGGGGAUGAAGACUUUGAGGAGAGUAACAUGAUGCACGGGAUCAAUGGUAAACUGUAUGGUAACCUGCAUGGACUGGUGAUGAUGCAGGGCCAAAAAGUUGACUGGUAUCUACUGGGCAUGGGCAACGAAGUGGACAUGCACACUGUUCACUUCCACGCUGAGACUUUUACCUACAAGACGGACCGCAUACACCGCGCAGAUGUCUUCGAUUUGUUCCCUGGGACUUUCCAGACUGUGGAGAUGGUGGCCGGAAACCCGGGGACAUGGCUGCUCCACUGUCAUGUAACUGAUCACAUCCAUGCUGGCAUGGAAACCACUUUUACAAUCAAAGAUAAAGCCUCAACUGUUUCUGCAGCAGCAGGAAUGGAAGGCUCCAUAAAGACGCUGCUGCUCUCACUACUGACAGUCGGUUUACUGGCUGUCCGUCAACUGCACUGACGAAGGUCUUUGAUAGUAGAUUUUGUAACCCCCACAGUGGUCAUUGAUGCACUUAGAAAUAAUUAUUCGGGGGCAAAAUCACUGUUGGGUAUUUGUUUGCUGGAGGUCAUAUAUGUAAAUAUCAAGUGAUGAUCAGGCCAGUAAAACUCUGUCAGCCGCUGUAUAAUUAUGUAUAAUGUUAAAGACUAUUUUAUUUCCCAAAAAAAACAUUUUAUAUUUUACCUCAUGUUUUCUGGUGUGUUGCACUGUGUUCAGUCUUUUUAGAUGAGCUGUUAUUUUUUCACAGCACUGCUGCACCAAAUAUUUGCCUUCAGUAAGGAAUGUGCAAUAAAGACAUUUAUUUGAACUA